AAUGUAGAAAGGAGGAAAGUAGAAAAUAGUAGAAACCAGAAACGUGCACAUUCUCAUCACCUCCGACUUCCUCUUCUCCUCCUUUUAUUUUAAAGGCCCCUCCCGCAGGGACUCCUGCUCUGAGCCACCGUUCACGGGGAGCAAAGUGGGCUGCGACGGUCGUGCUGUUAAAAGGUAUUAUGCACCCUGAAUCUUGGGUCGCCGAAGGUGGUAUCUUCUGAAGAAUGGCGGGUCCGAUCACCAAAGCUGGAAAGCCUAAGAAAUAUAAGAAAAGGAAGAAGAGGGUCUCCAGCUCAACCAAUGAAGGAGGGUGGGGGUUGAGGUAAUUAGGAUUGCCAGGGCAAUUCCUUUUGAUACGAAGCUAAAAGGCAACAGCCUAGCCGAAAGUAGGUGCUGCUUCAUCUUAUUCGGUUAUCAUCAGGGUAGAUGAUGCUAAGCAAAAGAAUUCACUAAGACAUAUUAUUAAACAGUCACAUUUGCU